AUGGAAGUCAAGGGCAAAGUGGCAAGACGAUGGGAGGACGUGGCUGCCAAGAAGAAGUCUGGCACUUCCCUUAACUUAGUUCAAGGGGUUUCUCAGCACCUGCGUGAUGAUGAUUUAUGGGUGGUCUGCAUCUUUGACUGCAUGUUUGACAGAUACAGUUGGAAAUAUGACUAUGAACAGGAAGCUGUGCAGAAGAGAACUUUCACUAAAUGGAUCAACUCUCAUCUGGCAAAGCGUAAUCCUCCGUUGGUGGUCUCGGAUCUUUUUGAAGAUGUUAAAGAUGGAGUGAUGUUAUUGGCUCUCCUUGAAGUCUUGUCAGGUCACAAACUGCCGAGUGAGCAGGGCCGCAAGCUGAGGAGAAUCCACUGGGUCGCCAAUGUUGGAAGAGCGCUCAAGUUUCUGGAGGGCAGGAGGAUUAAGCUAGUUAACAUCAACACAACAGAUGUGGUAGAUGGCAGACCCUCUAUUGUGCUGGGGUUGAUAUGGACUAUCAUCUUAUAUUUCCAGAUCGAGGAGUUGACCAGUCAUUUACCAGCCCUACAACCUCAAUCCAGCAGCAACUCGUCAGUGGAAAGCUCCAACAGCACUGAGACCAGCAGCCCGCCAGUCAAACGCAAGCCCCGCCUUUCUUUUCAGGGUGGAGCCAAGAGGGCCCUUCUUAAAUGGGUCCAGAACACAGCAACAAAGAGAAUGGGUCUGGAUGUGAAGGACUUUGGCCCCAGCUGGCGCACAGGGGUGGCUUUUCAUGCUGUCAUCUUUGCUUUGCGACCCCAUCUGGUAAACAUGGAGCGUGUUUGGAGGAGAGCCAACAGGGAGAACCUAGAAGAGGCCUUCUCGUUGGCUGAGCGAGAGCUGGGCAUCCCACGUCUACUUGACCCCGAAGAUGUUGAUGUGGAUAAACCAGAUGAGAAGUCCAUCAUGACAUAUGUGGCACAGUUUCUGAAGCAUCAUCCAGACCGUCAACACAAAGAGACUGGACGGCAGCAAGAGGAGGUACUGAAGAUAUUUCUCAUCACCACAACUUUCAUUCAUUUGGUGGUUUUUAAAAAGGAGCAGAGGAAGACUCUGAGGGAGCUGAAAGCGUGGGCAGAUCAGAUGGAGAGAGACUGCGCUCAAGCCCAGAGGGAUGGAGGGAGUCUCACUGUGCGGUACCAGACAUUCAAGCGUUAUCGUGUGCAGUUUGAGAUGCAGAGAAGACAAGUGGAGACGUGCGUUCAGUCCACUCAGAAGGACGGAAAGCUGACUGCAGAUCAAGCUCUGGUCAAGCAGGCCUGGGAUAGACUGUCCAAGAGGCUCUUGGAUUGGCAUCUCCAGCUGGACAGCGGUUUGCCUCAUCCUCUGGGGGAGGUCGGUGUGUGGUUACAUCAGGCAGAGGAGAUCCUGCGAGAGGAGCUGAUCCCUCAGCAAGCCAACGAUGAGACUGCCAAAGCCAUUCACAAAAAACGACUGCGUGAUCAGGAGAUCUUAAGGCUUCUUGAAAGACAUAAACAGACCUUGCAGUUAAUACACAGAGACAGAUGUGUUAAUAGCAUGCCUAUUCCCACAGAACAACUGCAAGACAUGGCAGAGCGGUUAAACUACAUAUCUACCUCUUCACACAUUCAUUUGAGCAAACUGGAAUUCUGGGAGUCGAAAUACAGCAUGCUGGCAUUUUUAACACUUGCUGAGUCCAAACUGAAAUCCUGGAUCAUUAAAUAUGGCCGACUGGAGUCAAUGGAGCUUCUGCUACAAAGUUAUGGAACUUUUGUGGAGGGCCAGCAGUUCUUUGAGAAGUAUGAAUCUAGCCACCAGAUUCUGGUACAAGCUGCAGAGCUCUACAUCAAAGCAGACAGCUCAGUUGAGGGAGUGGUAAAGCUGUUCCUGCGAGAGGUGUGUGAUCAGUGGAGGAGUCUCUCGGUGGAGGUGCGGAGUGUAAGGUCCAUGUUGGAGGAGGUGCAGUGUAACUGGCUGAGGUACAACAGCUGCGUGGCCUCACUGCAGGCCUGGCUAGAGGACGCACAGGGGGCUCUUAGACAACCAGAGAAUACCAAACGGGAGUUUUUUCGCAAUCUUCCUCACUGGAUGGACCAGCAUGCUGCUAUGAACGAUGCAGGAAACUUUCUAAUUGAAACCUGUGAUGAAACAGUAACUCGUGAUGUGAAGCAUCAGCUUCUAUUGCUCAAUGGAAGAUGGAGAGAGCUGUUUCUUAAGGUCAAACAGUACGCUCGUCUUCCUGAGACCCAUAAUGUGAGAAUACACCAGGACAUACAAGAGUUUCUGGAGGCUUCUAUUAAUAAACUUACCUCACCACUUCAAGUGUCAUUGCUGGAUGUAAAAGCCUUUAUGCAGGAUGUUGAGGAGAUCAAGCACAAGCUGCCUGCUGUGGAAGCACAAUAUAAGGCGGCUGCUCGCUCUGCACAGCUUCUGGCCAAAGUUCAUGAUGGUGGAAAUAAAGCACGUUCUACAAUACCAACAACAGAAGCACAGCUCCAUCAGCUGAAGGAAAAGUGUCCUUUAACACUUAAGGAGUGCCAGGCACUAUUUCCUCUGUUAGAGGAGCUUGAGAAACAAAUCUCAGCUUUCUAUCAGACAGCAGAGGUCGCUGGACACAUUAUCACACAGCAACACAACCAGGAAAUGUGCCAGGAGCUACAAACUCAACAGCAGACCUGUAAGCGCUGUGUUUGUGCUAUUGAGCGCAGUUACCUGGCCCUACAGAGAGCGCUGUGCUGUGCCAAGUCUCUGCAUAACUUUGACACAUCUCUUCUGCAGAACAGAGUAACAGAGAUUCAGACCACUGCACAGGCUCUGAUGCAGGAGGCUUUGGAGUGGAGACAAGUGGCAGAAGCUAAUGGAAACCUUAUGCGGCGAUUUGAGGAGUCUCGUGCUGACCUUGAGAAAGCACUGCGUGUGGGACAGGCCUGUUUAAAAGAAAGAGGAGACCCAGAUGAGCUGUUCCGCAAACAUAAUGAGUUCUUUGGGCGACUAGACCAACACAUUUUAAGUGCUUAUUUAAAGGCGUGUGAUGACCUCACUGAUAUUAUCUCAGAGGAAGACCAAAAGAGUCUACGGGAGACUGUAAGGAGACUGCACAAGCAGUGGAAGGACAUUCAAGCCGAGGCUCCAUCUCAUCUGCUCAGACUCCGGGUGGAAACAGAGAGACGUUUUGUGAUGGCCACAUUACAGGACUGUAGAGUUGAGCUGAAAAGAGAGGACAAGGCCUUGCCUGCUGCUGGUAGUGAAAAAACUAUCAAAGAACACAGGGCAUAUUUCAGACAGAAAAACCCACUUUCAGCAUGUGAGAAGCGACUGAAGACAAUGAAACAUUUAUGUCAGGAACUUCCAGAGAACGACAGAGGUUAUCAAAUGCUGGAAGGGACCAAAGAUCAACUUUUAGAGGUCAAGGGUUUAGUAGACCAAACACACUUGAGACUACAACAGCACCCGGAUAAAUGGAGAGAGUGGCAUGUUAGGUUCAGUAAGCUGUCUGAAUGGCUUAUCUCGACACAGAAUGGGGCUGAAAACUCCUCAGUCCAGAUGCAGCGCAGGGCGAUAAAGGCUCAGAGUGAGACUCUGGACUGGCUCAAAGCUCGUCUCACUGUACUGGAGGAGAUAAGUCCUGAGAGUGAAGCUCAUAUGCAGAGAGCUGCUCUUGAGAAACUCUCACAGCAGUUUUCUGCAGCGCUGUUGUCUCUAUCUGAGGCUACUGGAGUGGCUAAUGAAGCGAGCGUAAAGUCUGAAGAGGAGCUGAAAGAGGAGGUAAAUGAUGAGGAGCUGAUUCAGACCCAAGAGCACAGACAAAUACUGAAUGCAGAGAGCGCCACUGAAGCCAAACAGCUGCUCCUCAUUCACCAGCAGAAUCUGAAGACCCAGCAAGCAAAAGAUACGGAUGUGAGAUGUCAAGGUAAUUUCUUUAAAGAAGACCGGACAGCUCAAGAGAAACACCUGCAGGUCACUGUGAGCUCGUGGCAGGAGUUUGAAGCAGAGAGAGAAGCCAUCUGGCAGUUUAUAUGCCAUGUUAGUCCUGUCCUACAGAGGGAGCUCGUCUUCAGCAGCCUAGACAACCUCAAGUCGGAAAGGAAUAAUAUUCAAGAGCUUCAUGAACAGGGCUACAUGUUUGCUGUUCGAGCUGAGUCCCUGGUGAAGAAGGCAGCAGAUAUUAAACUUGGUCCUCUGAAUCAGACUUUGCUACAGGAUCAGGCACAGAGCGCGAAAGAGAGGCUGCAGGAGAUGCAGGACACCCUCAGGAAAAUUGUGACAGAUCUGGAGAUGACACACAGAUGGUGGCAAAGUUUCAACCGAGAGUCUGAGGCAUUCUUCUCCUGGGUCUGUGAUAGUAAGAGCAAGCUUGAAGCAUCCGCCCAAACCUCCUCCAAAUUGGAUGAGCAGAUUCACUCUGUGCAGAUGUUGAAAGAGGGCUUAGAGGAGAAGAUGGACAUCUUUAGCCAAUUGGAGACAGAGUUCAAGACUUUCAUUAGCUUCAUCACGCCAAAUGAGACAGGGCGAAUUAAAGCACGUCUGAUGCAUAUCGGGAGAUACCAGGAGGAGUUUAAGAACAACAUGGAGCAACGAGAGACAGAACUUCAGUCUAGCUUGAGACAUACAAAACAAUUUGCACAAGAUCUCGCUGAGGUGGAAAGUUUGCUGAAAGGAUUACAGGAAAAACUGAACGUACCAAUUACUUCCUGUACAUCAGCCUCAAGAACUUACAAAACUCUCCAUGAACAUAUGGAUGCAGUGCAGCAUCUCCAGCAGCUCGGGCCCAGGCUUAUGUCUCUGAGUCUGGGAUGGAGAAGACUCCCUGAUGCUGGACGGCUGGAGGAAACCGUGGCUGAGCUGCAGAAAUCUCACAAACUACACACCCAGCAAGCCACUGAAAAACAAUCGAAACUGGAGAACCUGUUGACUCUUUGGCAAAGAUAUGAAAGAGAUCUCUCCCUUCUGCAGUCCUGGUCGAACAGAUGUGAAAGUCUGUGCAAUUCAGAUUCUCCUUAUUUGACCACAGAUCACGUGAAGCUGCACAGCCAGCUUCAGAUGCUGCAGGACAUGCAGUCAGAAGUUCCAUCUCAGGAGUCUUUGUUGGAAAGUUUAGAGACCCGGGCAGAGUCUCUGUACUCUUCAGCCACAGAAGAAAGAACCGCAGAGCUUAGAGAUCUUCAUUGUAACCUGGAGGAGAGGUGGUGUUCCCUCAGUACCAAUAUACCCCUCAGGAUUCAGGAACUUCAGUCCCAUCUUGCUCAGCUGGAGCAGUUUAGUGAGGUGUCUCUUGCUCUGACUCAGUGGAGUGAGAACUUCCUCCGGCACAUUCAAACCACCUGCAAAGUCAGCAUCUCUGAUCUACAGUCUGCUGACUCGAAAAUCAAGGAGGACAAGACGUCCCUUCAGACCCAGGGGAGAUCACUGGAAGCCUUACAGCCUCAUCUGGAUGCUCUCAGCCCAUCCUUAACCCCCAAAGACCUGCAGCAUCUCCAGACCAGAAAGGAGGACUGCAUUCAACUCUUCAAUGAAGCGCAGAGUUUAGUAGAGCAUCGAGAUCAAGCUCUACUCAAACUGAAAGACUUCUAUGAGUCUUAUAACAAAGCCAAAGACUCCCUGCAAACAAUUCAACAAGCGGUUGAGGAAAGAGGAAGUUGGGAUGACUCCAAAGUCAGGGAUAUCAAUCAGGAAUUGGCUGAUCUUGCUGAAGAGUUAGCAUCUUUGGAGGUGCAAGCCAUUAGCUUGGAUAUAAUCGUCAAUAAGGCCCACUUUCAUUUGCAGGGGUCAGAGGAGGAUAGAGUAUCUUGCAGAGGCCUGGUGGAUGACGUGGCCAUGAGCGUUCAGGUUCUUCAGAGGAGCAUCGGGACGAAGCAGAGUGAGGCAGAAGCACUGGCCUCCAUGUGGAGCUCCUUUAGGGGACGCAAGGAGCUGCUGAUCGAGAGUCUGGUGAAGCUGGAGGACAGAGCCAAUAUAUCGUGGCCAACAGAGACCAACACUCAGGCCUUUCAGCAGAGGUUAUGGUUGCUAAAGCAGUUGGAGGAAGAACUGGAGGCCCUACAGCACAGCCAGCUGUGGCUGAGAGAAAGAGGAGAACAGCUGGCCCUUAGAGACCCUGAGCUGGCAGAGGAGGCCCAGCGGGACAUAACCCUGGUCCAGUCCACUUGGGAGAGGAUUAGGAGGAUUGUUGCGGAGGACCAUGACCUCUGCGCAAACCUGCUGGAGCUCUGUAGGGACUACCAGACCCUGAAGACCAGGGUAAUUUCGGUGGUAGAGAGAGCUCAUGCCAUCACUGUGUCCCAGUCGGACCCACACAACCCUGAUGACAUCCGGAGAGCUCUGUCACGGCUGGAAGCGGUGAGGCCCGAGUUGGCGGCCACUAAGGAGGACCUGAAUAAGCUCAUUGGUUCGGGCAGAUGCCUCACGGAUGUACUGAAGAAGCUUCCGGAGGAGAGCGUUCAGAGGGAAAAUGUCAGCGCGGAGAUGGAUGCCAUUGUUGAUCAGUGGCUGGAUAUCUCGGAGAGAAUGGACGCAGACAUCAGUCUAUACACUCGCUCUCUGGAGCUGUGGAACGACAUUAAUAAAAUGGCGAAUGAGAUUGAGUGCUGGAGUGCGGUGUCUGUCAGUGAGCUCAGUGAAGGAUCUGUUGGCCUGCUCUCUAGUUUGGACAUGCAGGAGCGUCUCUCAGACUUCAAGCUGGAGCUGGAUAAUAAGGAGGAUGAGCUGAAAAUCUCGCAAGAGAAGAUGACAGAGCUGCAGGAGCUACUGAAAACCCAGCACACACACACUGAACUGCAGGUGAUGGCCGCAGAUCUGAGGAAGCAGAUUUCCCAUGCAGCAGAGGUGUAUGAACAGACCAGAGGCAUGUGUGAAGACUUCAGCUCCCAGAGGCAGCAGCUUCAAGACCUCAUUUCCCAGAUUUCAGAGCAGCUGAAGACCUCGGUGGACUCGCUGGCAGAGUUUUCAACAUCCUCUGACCCAGAGAAUUUUGCUAAGAUCAAGGAGGUUGAGAGGUCACAGAAGCAGCUGGAGGUCAGUCUGGAUCUUGCAGGUGAGUCUCUCAGAGCUCUGUGUAGGACAUACCCGACUCAACAGUUGACUCUGAUUGGUGAUGCAGUCACCAACCUUGUCAAGAGGAGUGAGGAAGUGACACAACGCUGCAGCCAGAUCCUGGGCUCACUUCAGGACGCUCUACUGCAGCACUUCAAUGAGAAAGCACAUGCUUUUCAUGACUGGCUCUCAGAGUUGAGAGCUGAAGCUGAAGUCUGCUUUGAACAAACAGGAGAUGCUGUUGCUAUUUUUGCCAAGCAAGAAAAGCUUAAGACUGUGUUGGAGGAGGUGGCAGAGGCCGAGGAGCGUUUGGCCUGUGUUUGUGUAGAUGGAGAGAGACUCUUGUUGCAUCUCAGUAAAGGUGGAACGGGAGGUGUACAGGAGCAGCUGGACUCCUGUCAGAAUGCUUUGGAUACAUUUGUUUUGGAGUGCAGACAGCGCUUACAGUCCCUGGAAGAAAGUGCCAGUCUGUUAAAUGCGUAUGAAGCGCGGGUGGUGGAGUUGAGCGACUGGCUGCAACAGCUGGAGGUGAGACUGAAGACAGAUGCUCCUCUGUGGGGUGAGAGUGAGCCUGCAGCCCCCGACUGCUCAGAGGAGCUGACGAGAGUGGAAGAAAUCCACCGAGAGCUGCUGAUGAGGAGAGCUUCUCUUGAACGUCUGUGUCAGUCCUCUGUCACCGUCAGAGAGAAAGAAUCAAGAGCAGAGAAUAGUGCCGCAGAAGAGAUGCUCUUGAACCAUGAGGCUCUGCUGCAGGAGGCUAGGACUCGUCUCCGCAGCCUGCAGGACUACCAGGCUUUUGAGGAGGCGCUGAAGGCAGUGGAAACUUGGCUGAAGGAUGUGGAGAUAAAGUUAGAGAAACUGGAGAGCACAGAGGGGAAUAAAAAGGAGGUGGAGGAGAAACUUGAGCAAGCUCAGGAUAUCCUGCUUAUGAAGGGAGAGGGCGAGGUAAAGCUCAACAUGGCGGCCGGGAAAGCAGAGCUGGUCAUCAAGACCAAUGGAGAAGUGGAGCGAGGAGUGAUCUGUUCAAAGCUUCAGGAAGCUGAAGACGCAUGGGCUGCACUUCUUUUGGGAGCUAUGAGUUGUCACAGCCGCUUGGAGUGGACCGUAAGUCAGUGGGAUUUGUUUGUGGAGUCUCGAGCACAGCUGCAGAGGUGGCUGGAGGGAGUCGGGCUGGAGGUUAAGGGUCCUCUUGAGCCUCAGCUUGGACUCCGAGAGAAGCGAAAGCAGUUGGAGAGACUGCGCUUGCUGUCAUCAGAUGUGGAGGACCACCAGGGAGCUCUGUGCUAUCUGGAGGAGAGUGCAGCCGAACUUUACAAGCGCACUGGUGACCCCGUCUUUAAGGAGGAAGAAAUGGUUCUCCUCAGGGCGCAUUUUGAGGAUGUCAAAGCUGCAGCAGAGGAGAGAGUCAGACUGUCUGAGGAUGUUGUCCACGAGCAUAAGAAGUACAUGGAAACAAUCAGGGAGCUCACUGAUUGGCUUAUGGUGGUAGGGGAGGAGCUUCAGCGGUGCUCUGACCCAUCUGGAGAUUGUCCCACCUUAAGUCGCAAGCUGACUGAUGUCCGGGAGCUGCUGGAGCGCGGCGCGUGCGAGGGUCGCGAGCGGCUGCGGCGCGUGCGGCUGAGCGCGGAGAGAGCCGGAAGGCACACGGCGGCGGCGGGCUGCGAGCUGAUGGAUGGAGAGGUGGCGGCUCUGGCUCGAGCGCUGCACCAGUGGGAGGGAGCUUCGCUACGAGCUCGCGACGCCCUCGAGACGGCCGUGGCGGCGGCGACAGGGGCCGAGCGUGAGCAGACGCGGCUGACAGCGCAGCUGGAGGGAGAAAUGGAGAAGCUGGAGGGCCAGCUGAAGGAGUGGAGCGACGGACUGAGCAGCGCCGAGCGGAGGAACAGCGGAGCCGCGGCGGUGGAGGGAUGGACGCUCGCCAAGGGUGUUCUGGAGGGGCUUCAGACAGCUGAAGUUAUGGAGGAGAAGCUGAAGGCGCAGCUCAAUGAACUGUGUGGGUUUUCCAGUGAUCUGGGUUCACAGUCGGACAGAGUCAGUGCUCUCAUCAAGCUACACAACAGCCUGAGUCUGCGAGCCUCCAGGGAGUGUCAGAAUAAGGAGAAACUGCUGGAACAACGCUUCCGCUCUUCUCUGCAUGACUUUCGGCAGUGGUUGGUCAAUGCCAACAUCUCCACCGCCAAAUGCUUCGACUCUCCUCAUAGCAUCCAGGACGCCUCUAUUGCUCUCCAAAGGAUCCAGGAGUUCAUGAGUGACAAGGAGCAGGGCCAGACCAGAUUAAGCGCUGUGCUGACGUAUGGAGAGCAGCUCAGUAGUGUGCUGGCUGCAGAGAGGGUGGAGGCCAUCAGGACCAAAGCAAACGCAGCCAAAGAUGACUGGAAGAGCCUGAUGGACAGCUUACAGAGAAGAGAGACAGCAUUACAGGUCUUACAGUCUCAGAUGCAGGACUUUGAGGCAAGCAUUGAACCUCUUCAAGACUGGCUGAACAGGACCGAGAUCAGUGUACAGGAGAGCAGCGCUCGUCUCCAUGACCUGCCUGCAAAAAGACUCGAGCUCUCCAAACUUCAGACGCUGCUGGAGGAGAUGCGCUCCAGAGAGUCAGAGCUGGCAGGGCUGAGAGGGCGAGCACAUGGGCUCUGGGAUGGUCAGGGUGCUGGGAAGAGCUUUGUGCAUCGAGUCUGUCAGCUGGCUGCCUGUUACUUGGCCCUGAGCAACUUGAUUAAGGAGAAGGUGUCAAGGGUAGAGCGAGUGGUUGGGGAACAUCAGCUUUUCUCGCAAGGCCUUCAGGAGCUUCAAAACUGGGUUUCAGAGUCCCAACAGGUCUUGAAAACAUGCAGAUGCCCCACAUCUGACAAGACUGUGCUCAUCACCAGAAUGGGCCAGCUUGAGGCUUUACUGACGGCUUGUCAGGGCAAAGAAAUCCAGCUGAAGAUGCUGAUCACCAGAGGAGAAUCUGUCCAGAGAAACACCUCAGCUGAGGGAGUACCAGUGGUUCGCAAACAGAUCCAGGACCUCAAAGACUCCUGGGAGUCGCUCUUAUCUACAUCUAUACAGUGCAAAAGCCAGCUGGAAGGAGCUUUGUCACACUGGACCAGCUACCAGGAGGACGUCAGUCAGUUUGAGUGCUGGAUGGUGCGAGUGGAAGAGAGUCUCGGAAACUCCGAUAAACACUACGCUGAAAUGAGAGACAAGACUGCCAAUCUUGGCCGUGCCAAGCUCCUCUAUGAGGAAGUUCUCAGUCACUCCAGUCCUUUAGAGACCAUCGCUACCAAGGGUUCCAACAUGACUGAACAUACAGCCACCCAACAGGAGAUCCAGAAACUCAGCGAGAGAUACACAACCAUCAAAGAUAAAGCCAAGGCUGCUGUCAGUAAGGCAGAAGAUUUGGUUUUGCUCCACCAAGAGUACCAGCGAGGCCUGCACAUGUUUGAAGACUGGCUUGAGCAGGAGCAGUGCAGUCUGGCCGUCCUCUCACCUCUGGAUGAAGACGUAAAUGCACUGGAGGACACUUUAAAAGAGCUGCAGAUGCUCCAAUCUCACUGCCCAAAGGGCCACAACUUGCUCAGCUCAGUUCUUGCCAGUCGUGAAAGAGUCAUUCCGUGGGGGGCUCCUCAAAUUGAGGAUCGGGCCCUGGAAACAGCAAAGACUGAAUGGCAGGGGUACCAGGACCGACUUGCUGAGACCAAAGUCCAAGUAGAGCAGGCCCUCGCAAGGGUUCAGCAGCUGGAAGGGUUAUUUCAAAGCUUAGACCAGUGGCUGGUGGACAUGGAGCUCAAAGUUAAAGUUAGGAGCCACCGUCGCUCUGAUGUCACCUCAAAAGAGACCCAGCUGCAGCAUCUGAAGCGGUGGCAAACUGAAGCUGCUCACCGUCAGGCUGAGGUUGAAGGUCUGAGUGCUCUUGCUCAGCAGGUUGUGGAAGACGCUCAUGUCAGUGGUCGGAUCAGUACCAGGGUUACUCAACUCACUGCCCGCUACCAUGCCCUGCUCCUGCAAAUACAGGAGACCCUCAAACAGCUCCAGGAAGAGAUGCAGAAAAUCACAGAGGCUCAAAAUGCUCUCAGGACCUUCUCUGAUUGGCUGAGCACAGCAAGCAAGAAUUUCAAAAUCAUUACCGAAAGGACUGAAGCUCUCGAUCGCAUUACGAUGGAAAAGAAGAUGAAGAGGCUUGAGUCUCUACAGGGGGAGAUGGAUCAAGGCCACAGCUUGCUAAAAACACUGAGAGAGAGUGCAGAGCUGGCCGUUUCCUUUUUGGAUGACCCUGGAGCUUCCAGACUGGAGAGGGAAGUGCAAACGGGCCGAUCGCAACUCGAGGAGCUUAUACUGGAGCUACGGGAAGAGCACGUGACACUGGAAAGGAGCAUUGUGCUCUAUAAAGACUUCCAAGAGCGCUACAAGGGCCAAAUGCAGUGGCUUAGAGAGACUCGAGCACUGCUCAGCUCUACUGUUGAACCCAAAGUAGAACUAUACCAGAGGAAAGCCCAGCUGGCCAAGUACAAGGCUGUGGAGCAGACACUGCUGUCCCGUGAUUCUGCAGUGAGCUUUGUGUUAGAGAAAGGAGAAACGCUGCUGACCCUCCUCCACUCCCCCUCCAUCACAGACAACAUGACUAGAUUACAGGCUGACUACCAAGAGCUGCGUGGCUCAGCGAGGACCCAUGUUCAGAGGUUGGAAGCCCAGGUGAAGAAACAGGAAGCUUAUCAUAAAGAUCUACAGGAAAUUGAGCGAUGGCUGUUGCAGAUGUCCAGCAGAAUGGUGACUCCUGAGCCAUCAUCAAGCGGUGGCCUGGAAGCUGCAACUCAGCAGUUAGCCAGACAUAAGGCUAUUAUGGAGGAGAUAGCUGGCUUUGAGGAGCGUUUGGCUACAUUAAAGGAAAAGGGAGAGGAGCUGUUGUCCGGCUGCAGUGAGCGCCUCCAGCCUCGGCUUCGCCAGCAAAUUCAGAACCACCAGCAGGGCGCAAAAGACAGCUACUCUGCCAUCUGCAGCACUGCCCAGCGUGUGUAUCAGAGUCUGGAUCGGGAAUUGCAGAAACAUGUAAGUCUGCGGGAUACUUUACAACAGUGUCAGACAUGGCUUUCGAAUGUACAAGAGGAGGUACAGCUUCCUGAACGUGCGCCACACUGCCUACAGGAGGCGCUAACACAGAUGAAGCAAGAUCGAACUCUACAGGAGCAGGCUAGUACCUAUUUGCAGCUAGUGUGCUCUACCUGUGAUCUUUCUGAUGAGAAGGUACAAGAGACAGCAGCUGAGAUACAGCAGGUCAAACUUCAGAUAGAGGAGAGGAUGCUGGAAUCUCAAGAAGUAACAGACAAUUGGAGAGAGAUCAAAGACUUGCGUUCCAACCUUGAAUGUCGUCUUCUUGAGGCUGAACAACUCCUUCAGAGCAUGUUAAGGAGGCCAGCUGAGCUAGAGCCAAAGGUUGCUCAGAACCAGUUGGACCAGGCUCAGGAUUUUAUCCAGGAGAUGCGAGCCAGGCAGGUUGAUCUGACCCAUCUGAGAGAGCGCAUUAAUAGGCUAACGGCUGGUCAGGAGUCCCCUGAGCUUAUGGAAGUUGGGCGCUUGCGCUGUUCUUGGCUGGAUUUGGGCAGACAGGCUGCACAGCUGCUAGAACAGAAAGAGGAGGAUCUGCAGAGGAGCGGGGACUAUCAUGACUGCAUUUGUAUGGUGGAGGAGUUGUUUGACCAGCUGUCCAAGAAAUGGGAUCAAUUGGCAAGGGGAGAUAUUGAGAGCACAGCCGAGUGCCUCGAUGCCUUAAAGAAGCUAUCCACUGACCUGCAGGAUCAAAGAUGUGUGCUUGAUGAUCUUAGAAAUAAUAGGCAUGGGAUCCUGCCUCGUCUGAGCUUAGAAGACAGAGACCUGGUUAAGGAGCAAGUGGGUUACCUAGAGCAACGCUGGACUCAGGUGGAAUCACUUGUCCAGCAGAAAAUCCAAGAUUCAGCUCAAACAUUGGAAGAGCUGAGUCAAAUUGAGGACCGUUUACGGGAGGCUCAAGAGUGGGCUGAGUUGCAGCAACCGUCCCUGUCGGAAGCUCUCAAAACCAGUCCCCCUCCAGAUUUGGCCCAAAGCUUUCUGUUUGACCACUUGAGCUUUUGUGCAGAACUGGAGGCCAAGCAGAAGCUUCUGGUAGAGGCCGUGACAGAUGCCAGCAGCCUUUCCUCUCGUCUAGGUCUCAAUGAAAGGAGGAAAUUGCAGACAUUGGUUGAGAAAGCACAAUUAGAAGUAGCAUCACUUGGAACCAAGGCAGCUCAGUAUCGUAAGAGCCUGAGUAAGGUGUUUACAGAAAGAACACAGUUCCUACAAGCCCUCGACAGAGCAGCUGAAUGGAUCAAGAAGCAAGAGCAGAGGGCACUUGCAGAUGAUCAUGUGGCGCUCCUACCAAAUGUACUUCACAAACAGGUGGCAGCUUGUAAGAAUUUUACCAGUAGCCUAAGAGCAUAUCAAGUGGAGCUCACAUCUCUUUGGGUCCAGGGACGGGACCUAGUGAAAGAUUCAACUGAGGAGGAGAAGAAGGAGACGCUUCAGAAGUUGGAGGAGCUGCAAGUUACCUUUGAGGCCUCCUUGCAGAAGAGCGCAGAGCAUCUACAUCAUCUGGAGAAAGCAUUAGUCAUCCGUAAAUACUUUCAAAUGGAUCUCGACAGGAUCUGCGAGUGGCUAAAACAAGCAGAGGAAGCCACAUUUCCAAUUAUUGACCUAAGUGGGAAUGAUUUGAACUUGCAGAAUCAGUUGACCCAGUACCAGCAGCUUCUUGAUCAUGCUUCAGAGUAUGAAAACCUUUUGCUUAUCGUUCAAAGGGCUGGACAAGAGAUUCUUCCUACCUUAAAUGAGGUGGACCACUGCUACCUAGAUGAGAAACUCAAUGGCCUUCCGCAGCAGUACAAUGACAUGCUGUUGUUGAUCAGAGAGAAGCGUGACCGGAUCCAACAAGUGCUUUUGGAGCGCAGGGAGUUCGAGUCUCUCAUAGAUAUCACACGAAAAGCUUUGAAGGAACUACAGGAGAAGAGUGAUGGUUUAGAGAUGCAGUCAGCUAACCAAAGUCUUGAAGAGGGAGAAAGAUUGCACAGAAGUUAUGAAGAUCUCCUGAAAGGUCUUGGAAAUCUGUUUCAGGCAAUGAAAGAUCUUAGGUGUAAAACUCAGGAUUUUCUCAGCAUGGGUCAGCCAUAUGCUCCUGAAGUCACUGGCCAGCUAGUUUCCCUCCACAGCAGUCUUAACAAGCAGAUUGAGUGUAAGAUGAAAGUAUUACGGAAAACAUUAAAAGUAUUAAAUGACCACAGAGCAGCUAUUGAGAAAAUGGACUGUAACAUCACUAGAUUAAAGGAGCAACUUGACAAACUUGACUCAGAUAUGGAGGCAGAUGCCAUGGAGAGAUUAUCUACACUAUACGACCUCUCAAAAUGCCUUGAAGAGCUCACUUCCUAUCCAGAAGGUCUCAAAGCACAAAACGAUGACCUCAAUCAGCACUUUGACUUAGAGACCCUUAAGACUCAGGUUAUCUUCAGAGAGGAACAGCUUAUUACAUUAAAGCAAAGGAUUAAUAAACACAGAGAAAAAUGUGAGAGAGAUUUAAAAGGAUGUAAGGAUUUUCAAACUGAAGUAUUCUUAGACUGGCUCAAAAGUCUGAGGGAUCAAUUAAGAUGCCCAUUAAUGUUUGAAGAAGCAAACGAUGAGAUUGUACAGCAGGAGGCCAGCUCACUGUCUGCACUUCAAGAAGAAAUGAAAUCAAGGUUUAGAGUAUUAGAAGAUAUAACUAAUGAAGAGAAACGGAAGUACAUUCAUGACCAAAAGCCUUUUCCAAAGCUCUUUGAAACCACUUUAAUGGACAUUCCAAAGCUGAAGGAGGAUCUUCAACAAGCUUUCAACGCCAAACAGGUGGCCUUGCAGUCUGCUCUGUCCCUGUUCCAGAGAUACCACCAUUCCUUACAAUCCGUCCAGCAGUGGUUUGAGGAUGCUGGUGCUCUACUUGAGCAGGUCCCACUUGAGCCAGACCUGGAGAAGAUUUCAGACGACCUCAAGGACUUAGAAAAUGCGACAGGCAGAGAACAUACUGUCAGGCUUGUGAUAGAUGAAAUGCAAGAUCUGAUCCCUCAAAUGGGUGACUAUUUGAGCCCAACUGUAAUGAAACACAUCCUUCAACAUUGUGAGGAGUCUCAUCACAAAGCCACAGAGGUCUUUGAGCAGUUAAAACAACAUCAAGACAGCCUACAACGAAGCAUAACUCAGUGGAGAUCCUUCCAGGAUGAAACAGAUGAAGUUAUCAGGCAGAUGAAUGACAUUGAGAAGAGGAUGAAGGAGUUGACAACUGCCAAAGCAAACUCCGAACAAGAAGCUGAAGACAAUCUGCACUUAUACCAGAGAAUAAUGCCACAAGUUCAGGGUCUUGAAGAUGCACUAAAUGGCCUGAAAGAAAAAGCAGCACAGUUUGAUCAGCCAGCUAUAAAAGAUGUUACUUCCCAGUCAGUCCGUUCAGUAAGCCAUCGGUGGUCUCGGUUGAACAGUGUUGCUAGAGCUCAGGUGAAAGCCCUCCAGGACUCUGCACAUGACUGGAGAUGCAUCAGGGAGAAGCUGGACAAAAUGCGAGCUGUGUGUGAAGAUCUGCACAGUAGGGUUCCAGACAGCAUGGUGGAAAAGGCCUCUAGUAUGGCAGCUCUGCACAGCCUUCUGGAGUACCACGACUCCUUCAGUCGAGAGGUGGAGAGAGAGAGCAGUGCCCUGACCUUGCUGAGACACCACAUGCUCAACCUGUUUCUCCAUCCUCACACCACUGCACCCACCAUACCCAACAUACUCAACCCAGAGAAACCCAGUCUGCUGGAGAUCCAGAGCAUUCAGGAGAAAUAUGACAUUCUGUUGCAGCAGGUGUGUGCUAGCAGACAGCAGGUGCAGGUGGAGCUGCUGGAGAGAGAGGAAGUGGUGAAAGAGCUGGGCCUGCUGAAAGGGUGGAUCCAGGACACCCAGGGGCUGCUUCUGAGCCCUACUGCAGACCUGGAUAACCUGCUUACUGACCUGGAGGCGGCUCAUGGAGGCAUGCAAUCUCACCGCCAGAACCUUGAGCAAAUUGUAGAUCGUCAGCAGAUGAAAUACCAGGACCUCCACACUAUCCUUCCUUCUGAGAUCAACACCCAGCUCGCAGAGGUCACACUGGCUUUGAGUUCUGCAGAAGAUCAGGUGCAGGCACGGGAAAGAGAGGUCCAACACAGCAGAAACAUCAAAGAAGACUUUAACUCCAGACUUCAGGAUAUGUCAAAGAAAGUCAAACUCAUCUCUCUGAAACUAAAACAGAAGGCUGUGGAUGUUGAGGAGGCUAAAGAGGAGACGGAGACUCUGUUUGAGGAGCUGGAGGAGUGUGCUCGGGCUCUUUCUGAACUAGAAGUGGCAGUGCAGGAGUUUGGUGAGCAGAAUCCUCUCUUAGCCAAACAGCUCAGCUUCAGCCUGAGUAAACUGACUGAGCUUCAUGCGCAGACCAGCAGACUGGCAGAGGGAAGAACCACAAGCCUUCAGAAGGCCGAGAGGAACUUUGAAGAAUUUAAUGAAAUGCUAACAUUAACACUCAACUGGACAGAAAAAGCAGAGACUGUGGUCUCCACAAACAUGAUGUGGAGUCCAUCAUCCCAAAUGCAGGAACAAAUCAGGACCCAUCAGGCCUUAUUGCAAGAGUGGCAAGACCUCCAAGGAGAGUUUGAAGGUCUGGUGGAGAGGGUGGCACUGCUGGGAGAGGUGGUGCAGACGGAGACGCUCCACCAGCAGGUGUCAGAACUGAGCAGACAUGCUGAAGAGCUCCAGCAGGGUGCCAAAACAAGACUCCUGACAUUACAGGAUGCUGCCAAGGACCUGGCAAGACUGGAGAAUGAUGUGAAGAGUCUUCAUCAGUCUAUAGAGCGAGUGCAGGAGACUCUGGCUUCUCCUGAUCUGGCUCGCCUCAGCCUCAGAGAACAGCUGGCUCAGAGACAGCUCCUGUUGUCAGAGAUGGAGGGUCUGAAGCAGCAGGUUCAGGCUAUGCAGAUGUGUCAGAGCGCCCUCCGCCUGCCAGAGGACGUGAUGGCAGCUUUACCGCUCUGUGUUACAGCACAGAGUCUACAACAUGAGAGCAGUCAACUCCAACACAACACCAUUCAACAGUGCAAUAUACUACAGGAGGCCCUGGUGCAGUAUGAGCAGUACGAACAGGAAGUCAAGAAUCUACAGAGACUCAUUGAAGAGGCACACCGUGUUAUUCAGGACCGCCCUGUUGCCACAGGAAACAUACAGGAGCUUCAGACACAGAUACAACAUCAUGAGGAACUGGCCCUGAAGAUAAAAGGCUACCAGGAGCAGAUCUCAGCCUUGAACUCCAAGUGCAAGAUGCUGACUGUGAAAGCCAAGCACGCUACUAUGCUGCUGACGGUCAGCGAGGUGGACGGCCUCUCCGACGGGUUAGAGGAGCUGGAGGAUGAGGAGGACGAGAUGCCCAAACAUCCACCAACACACCCCUCUGUUGUCAUGAUGACGGCAGGCCGUUGUCACACUCUCCUCUCCCCGGUCACAGAGGAGUCUGGUGAAGAGGGCACCAACAGCGAGGUCUCCUCUCCACCCGCCUGCAGAUCACCCUCACCUGGGCCUAACGCUGACUCCUCUCAGGGUUCAGGACGAGCUCCUUUAAGUAGAGCUCCAUUACAGGAGCUUUAUGACCCUUCCAUGGAGUCGGCGGCCUCAGCUAACCUGGAUGACCUACAGCGCUCAUGGGAGACUCUGAAGAAUGUGAUCAGCGAGAAGCAGAAGAGCCUGUAUGAAGCACUGGAGAGGCAGCAGCACUAUCAGGAGACCCUGCAGUCCAUUUCCACAAAGAUGGAGUCCAUUGAGACUGCACUAAACGAAGGCUUAGAGCCAAGCAAGAGUCCUGAGAGCCAGAUGGCCGCCCACCAGGCUCUGAUGGAUGAGAUCCUAAUGCUCCAGGAUGAGAUCAGUGCACUGCAAGCCUGCUUCUCCCAGGAGCUGCAGUUGGAUGAGGACAGUUUGGAGGCAGAUUCUGGAGACCAGCUGGCCCUGCAGUCAACGCUCACUGUCCUGGGAGAGCGCAUGGCCACUAUCCACAUGAAGGCCUCCGGAAAGCGCCAACUUCUGGAGGAGCGACUGAAUGAGCAGUUAGAAGAACAGAGGCAGGAGCAAGCACUGCAGCGAUACCACAGUGAAGCAGAGGAGCUGGACAACUGGCUGCUCAGCACACGAGCCACACUGAGCUCCACCUUACAACCACACCCACAGGACAUGGACAUGGAGGAGCAGCUCAUCGACUGCCAGAACAUGUUAUUGGAGAUCGAGCAGAAGGUGUUGUGUCUGUCUGAGCUGUCCGUGCACAGUGAGAGUUUGCUGUUGGAGGGCAAGGCUGGCACACGGGGUGAUGCCGAGCAGCUCUCCCUCAAACUACACAGCCUCAAAUCCAGCCUGCUGGAGCUACAGCGCAUCCUCCAAGACAAACAGACACACAUCCAGGGCUCACUUCAGGAGCAGGACGACACUGAGUCAGACUCGUCUUUGUCUCAGAGCCCCAAUAUGAUGGACUGGCUCAGUCAGGCUCGAUCCACACGCAACCAGCAGCAUCAGGACACAGUGCAAAGACAGAGGGAAUUAGAGGAGCAGCUUAGCGAACAGAAGAAGUUGCUGCAGUCUGUAGCUUCUAGAGGAGAGGAGAUUCUCUCACAGAGAACAACACCUAAUGGAGAAAAUUCUCCUGCAGAACAUUUUGAAGUGGAUGAUGGCCAGUGGCCUGCCUGCAUGAGCACAAAAGAUCAGAUGAGAGUCAGAUGGGAGAACCUGAGCAAAGACCUAAAAAACAAACUACAGCUGUCACUGAACACAAUGGAGCAGACGCCAUGUAACACGCUUUACCAGCCAGUGUCCAGCCCUUGUGGAGUUUUCAGAGGUGAACAACUGAGCCAGGAUAUCCCAUCACCCCGAAGUCUGUUUGAAGGAUUCAGCCAAGACCUGGAAGACUUGCCUCAGACAGGGGGCGCUGACAGUAAGCGGUCUCGUGAUCUGGAGAAGGCUCUCUAUGAGGCGGUGUCAUCAGCUUCCACUUGGCUGGACAAUGCUGAGAAUGAGCUUGUAUCUGGCCCAGUAUUACUAUCUGACGACUCAGAGGCUCAUCUAGUCCACUUAGAGGGUUUGAAUAAGGAGGUAAAGAAUGUCAACGAGGAGGUUUGUAAAUGUCGGGAUGUGCUUGGAGGAAGAGAGCGGCUAUGGGUUGAAGGUAGAGAGAGUGAUGUGGUUGAGGAGGUGUUUGAUGGUUUGGAGGGGAGACUGAAGCUGUUGGACACAGUGUUGGAACAGCAAUGCGAUGGCAUGAAAGACAAGCUGCAGGAACUCACUGUUUUCCAGACUGAGUUAAGGCUGUUGCUGACUGCACUCAGUGAUUCGAAGUAUCAGCUUUUGCAGAAAAUGAAUGCAGCUAUGGAUCGGCCCGCCUCGAAACAGCUGGAGAUUUUAGCCGAAGCAGAGGAUAGUCUGAGGGAAUUUGAACAGAAGGUUUCCGAGAUGAGGAGCAGAGGAGAGACACUGCAGCCCAAUCAGAUCUGCACCCAAGAGCUGCUGAAACUGCAGGAUGCUUAUGAAGAGCUGGUGGAGAUGGUGGGCUCCAAGCGGAGUGGGCUGAACCAGAGUUUAGUUCUAAAGGCUCAGUAUGAGAGAGCUUUACAAGACCUGGUGGAUCUGGUUGACACUGCUCAGGACAAAAUGGCUGCUGAUCAAAAGAUGAAAGUGGGAUCAGUGAUUGAGGUUCAGAUCCUCCUAGACAAACACAAGGAGUUUUUCCAGGGGCUAGAAACACAUGUGGUCUUGACACAGGCCUUUUUCAGGCAGAUCAGUGGGUUAGUGGUUCAGCGAGAGGUCCAGAGCUUAGAGGAGACUGUGGCUCAGGCACAAGCUGUACUUAAACAGGCCCACAAACGAGGAGUGGAACUGGAGGGCAUCCUGGAGUGGUGGAGCAGGUUGGUGGGUGACUAUCAGGCGCUGUACAGACAGCUGGAGACAGUGGAAAGCAGCAUCCCAAGUGUAGGCCUGGUGGAGGAGACUGAGGAUAGACUGAGUGAUAGAAUCGCUCUUUACCAGCGUCUAAAGGCCAGUCUUUCUGAGCGGCAGCAGCAGUUGUAUAAGUUGUUGGAGGAUGGGAAGAGGCUGGUUUUACAUGUUUCCUGCUCAGAGCUGGAAUCUCAGCUUACUCAGCUUGGGGACCACUGGCUCAGCACCACCACCAAGAUCAACAAAGAGCUACACCGCCUGGACUCUACCCUCAAACACUGGAUCAGGUAUCAGAGUGAAUCAGCUGAGCUUAGCCAAUGGCUGAGUUCAGCUCUUGACCGUCUGGAGUUCUGGAGUACUCAGUCUGUUACAGUGCCUCAAGAGCUGGAGACCGUGAGAGAUCAUCUUCACGCCUUCCUUGAAUUCUCCAAAGAGGUAGAUGCUAAGUCUUCUUUGCGAGCAUCAGUUCAAAGUCAAGGAAAUCAGCUGCUCCGGUUGAAGAAAGUGGACACUGCAGCACUCAGGGCAAAUCUGGCCAAGGUGGACACUCAAUGGGCUGAUCUUCUCACUCGUAUCCCUGUGGUCCAGGAGAAACUACACCAGCUGCAGAUGGAGAAGCUGCCAUCCCGCCAUGCAAUAACUGAGCUAAUGAGCUGGAUAUCCCUCAUGGAGAAUGUUAUCCAAGAGGACCAGCAAAAGAUCAUGGGGGCUGUGGGCUCUGAGGUUGUGCAAAUGUACCUUCAAAAAUACAAGGGUUUUCGGAUUGACCUGUCUUGUAAGCAGCUGACAGUGGACUUUGUGAAUCAGUCAGUUCUACAAAUCAGCAGUCAGGAUGUGGAGGGAAAACGCAGUGACAAAACAGACUUCGCUGAGCGUCUUGGUGCCAUGAACCGCCGCUGGCAGAUAUUGCAGGGACUUGUUACAGAGAAGAUUCAGGUUUUGGAGGGUCUGCUUGAAAGCUGGUUGGAAUAUGAGAAUGUGGUUCAGACCUUGAAGACCUGGUUUAACGCACAGGAAGAGAAAGUAAAAAAGAAGCACAGGAUUGAGGAUGUUUCCUCUGCUCAGAAUGCACUGAAAGACUGUCAGGAAAUGGAAGUGUUGGUGAAGGAGAAAGAGAAGGAGCUGGAGAAGGCUGAAGAAAAAGGAUGCUUACUAAUUCAGGAUAAGAAGGGGGAUGCUGGCUCUUUUAUAAUGGCCACUCUCAAAAGCCUAAACCAGUCUUGGGCCAAUCUGGAUCACAUGAUCGGGCAGCAGACGGUCAGUCUUCGGUCAGUGCUGGAGCAGUGGAGUCUGUAUAAACAGGCAUAUGAGGAGAUUCAGGGCUACCUGAUGGAGGGGCGUUACACUAUCUCUUGUCUGCGUCUUCUCACCGGCUCCCCUGAAGCUGUGCAGGUUCAAGUGGAGAAUCUUGAGAGUUUGCAAGAUGAGCUGGAGAAACAGGAGAGCAGUUUAAGAAAGCUGGGCUCCAUAACACAGCAGCUGCUUAAAGACUGUCAUCAAUCAGUGAGCAAUUCACUUAACACAGCACUGGGGGAUGUCAAUCUCAGGUGGAACACGCUGCUUGAGCAGAUCUCAGAUCAGCUGAGGAGAAGCAAGAACCUUCUUCAGCUGUGGCAACAUUACAAAGCACUUCAUGCUCAGUGCAGCACUGACACCCAGAAACUAGAGGAACAGGUGGAGCAUCUGCUCAAGAGUGCCACCCACAGGGACAUCACACAACAAGAAGUCAAGGGUCUUAUGGUGACAGAGGGAUCAGUAGAGUCUGUCCUGCAACAGCUGGAUGAGUUUUCAGAGCAGCUGAGACAACAAGUGGACCCUUCUGCAAUGACAACCUUCCACACAGAGCACCUGUCCCUCACUCAGCGAUUAGCAGCAGUUGGACAUGCCCUGCAAAGACAGCAGUCUUUCAUAGAGGUGAGUUCAAUGGACUAUGAGAAGUUUAGUAAGGAGUUAAAUUCUCUGAGCUGCUGGGCAGAAGAAGCUGAAAAGGUUCUCAAGGAACAAGACCCGGUCGGAUCUCCAGAAAUCUCAUCUGUGCAGGAACACAUGGACAAACUUAAGACUCAAAUGUUGAAGCUGAGCAGUCUUUCUCCUGAUCUGGAGCGUCUGAAUGAGUUGGGUUAUCAACUUCCCCUCAACGAUAAUGAAAUCAAGCGCCUGCAGAACCUAAACAGAAGCUGGUCCUCUAACUCUGCUCGCACAAUAGAGAGAUUCAGUAAACUUCAAGCCCUGGUUCUACAAAGACAGACUUUCUUGGAGAAGUGUGAUGCCUGGAUGAGCUUCCUCACACAGACAGAGGAGAAACUGGCGGCUGAGAUCUCAGGGAAUUACCAAAGCCUGCUGGACCAGCAGAGAGAGCAUGAGCUAUUCCAAGCAGAAAUGUUCAGUCGUCAGCAGAUUCUGAACUCUAUCAUCAAUGAUGGACAUGAGCUGCUGAAUCAGGGACAAGUGAAAGACAGGGAUGACUUUGGCCUGAAACUGGCACUGCUUAGUAACCAGUGGCAAGGUGUGGUGAGAAGAGCCCAGCAGAGACGGGGUAUUAUUGACAGUCUGGUUCGGCAGUGGCAGCGCUACACAGAGCUGAUAGAGAAACUGCGACACUGGCUGCAUGAAGUCUCAUUGGAGCCUGAAGACCAGCAGCAGGGAGCAACAGUAGCAUUGCAGCAGAUCCGUGGAAUGCUAGACCGCAUACAGCUGAAGGAGCGUGUGCUUCAGAGGCAGCAGGGCAGCUACAUCCUCACAGUGGAGGCUGGCAGACAGCUCCUCCUGUGGGCUGACGCCCGAGCAGAGGCAUCGCUUCACACUGAGCUCACAGACGUCCAGGAGCGCUGGAGGGCCAUCAACAUCCGCCUCGAUGAGAGGAAGAAAGAGCUGCUCUCUCUGUUAAGGGACUGGGAUCAGUGUGAGAAAGGAAUCGCUGCAUCACACGAAAAGCUGAGAGACUUUAAGCAGAAGCUCUCGGUGCCUUUACCCGAUCACCAUGAGGAGCUGCACACUGAACAGAUUCGCUGCAAGGAAUUAGAGGGCAGUAUUGAAGGCUGGGCUGAUGAUGUAGCCGGUCUGUGUAUUUUGAGGGAGUCUCUCUCCAGCGGCCUCAGUGCUGAUGACCUCACAGUGCUGCAUGAGCGUCUGAUUUUACUCCAGAGACAGUGGGAGGAGACCUGUCAUCAGCUGUGUCUGCGCCGGCAGCAGGUGAGCGAGAGGCUGAACGAAUGGGCCGUGUUCAAUGAGAAGAACAAAGAGCUGUGUGAGUGGCUGACUCACAUGGAGAGCAAGGUCUCACAGAACGGCGACGUCAGCAUCGAGGAGAUGAUUGAGAAGCUCACAAAGGACUGUCAGGAAGAGAUCUCGGUGGUUGAGGAGAGCAAGUGUCAGCUGGAGCAGAUGGGGGAGAGACUGGCUCAGGCCAGCCAUGAAAGCAAAGCUGCAGAAAUCCAGUACAAACUCUGCAAAGUCAAUGAGCGCUGGCAGCAUCUGCUCGACCUCAUAGCAGCUAGGGUGAAGAAGUUGAGGGAGACGCUGGUGGCCGUACAGCAGCUGGAUAAGAACAUGAGCAGUCUGCGCUCCUGGCUGGCUCACAUCGAAACUGAACUCUCACGACCCAUCGUCUACGAAACCUGCGACUCACACGAGAUCCAGAGAAAACUCAACCAGCAACAGGAUCUGCAGCGUGACAUUGAGAAGCACAGCACCGGUGUGGCGUCAGUGUUGAACCUGUGUGAGGUGCUGCUGCAUGACUGUGACGCAUGUGCCACUGAGACUGAGUGUGAGUCCAUUCAGCAGGCCACGCGCGGCCUGGACCGCCGCUGGAGGAACAUCUGUGCUAUUGCUAUGGAGAGGAGACUCAAGAUUGAGGAGACAUGGAGGUUGUGGCAGAAGUUUCUGGAUGAUUACUCUCGUUUUGAAGAGUGGCUAAAAGUGUCAGAGAGGACAGCAGCUCUGCCGAACUCCUCUGGAGUGCUGUACAUCGUGGCUAAAGAGGAGCUCAAGAAGUUUGAGGCAUUUCAGAGACAGGUGCAGGAAUUUCUGACCCAGCUGGAGUUGAUCAAUAAGCAGUAUCGAAGACUGGCACGUGAGAACCGCACAGACUCAUCUUGCCAUCUGCGACAAAUGGUACAUGAUGGAAACCGACGCUGGGAUAUACUUCAGAGGAGAGUAGCUGCUAUUUUGCGCAGACUUAAGCAUUUCAUUGGUCAGCGAGAGGAGUUUGAGACAGCCAGAGAUGUUAUUCUGGUAUGGCUGACUGAGAUGGACCUGCAGCUCACCAACAUCGAGCAUUUCUCAGAGUGUGACGUUCAGGCCAAGAUCAAACAGCUAAAGGCAUUUAAGCAGGAGAUCAGUCUGAACAAUACGAAGGUGGAGAGUGUGUUUGGGCAGGGGGAGGUGCUGAUGGAGAAGACCGAGCCUUUGGAUGCUGCUGUCAUUGAGGAGGAGCUGGAUGAGCUGCAGAGAUACUGUAGAGAGGUGUUCGGUCGGGUGGAUCGCUACUACAGGAAACUCACGCGCCUACCGCUAACAGAUGAUGAGUGUGAAGGCUCAGAUCGUGAAUUCGAGUCAGAUGACCUCUCAGACCUUCAGUGGGGCGAGGAUGGUGUCAUACAGCAGGCAUCCGGCAGACCACCUUCAGCUUCCAAUGCUCCUGCUCGCACAAAUGGUUCAGGACGAGACACCCCUGCCAGCGUAGACUCCAUCCCGCUGGAAUGGGACCACGAUUAUGACCUGGAGCCCAUGAGCCACACCAUGUCUGCAGAGCGGGGCAGACAGAAAGAUGAGGAUGAGGAUUUGCUGUGUAUGGCCACUGCCGCACUUACUGAUGUAGUGAUUCCUGAGAGCCCUGAGGCUUAUAUAAAACUAACAGAAAACACUUUGAGGUCCUCUUCUGGAGAGGCAGUUCGGCUGUUAGAUACUAUGCUGGACAGCAGCCGCUAUAGCCUACAGCAGACUGACAGCUCUAUGGAUGCUCAUGACACCUCUUAUAUGGGCUAUAUGCGUCUAAUGGACGACUGUCGUGGCAGUCUGAACAUGGUCAAGAGGGUUGAGGGAGAGCUGGAGGAGGACGAGGAGAACCUCUCAGGCCUGAGCAACCCUGAUAACACAGAGACACAGAGCACAGGUGUGAUCGAGCGCUGGGAACUGAUCCAGGCUCAGUCUGGAGAUUUAGAGCACAGACAGACUGAAGACCUGCUGCUGUGGCAACAGAUAACCUCUGACCUAGAGGACAUGGAGGCGUGGCUUGGAGAGGCAGAGGCGGAGUUAGCAGAGCUGAGGGGGAGAGACCUCAGUGCAGACAUACACACUAUUGAGCAAAGAAUUCGAAAACUCAAGGACUUACAGAAGGCCAUGGAUUCCCAUAAGUCUAAAGUACUGUCCAUCAACUUAAAUAGUGUUACUCUUGUCCAGUCAGACUCAGACGAGAGUAAGGUUCUGAAGGCCAAACUGAAAGAGAUGAACUCACGCUGGGAUCAACUGGGCAAAUCACUGAAGAACUGGAGAACAGCACUGCAGGAUGCGCUGAUGCAGUGUCAGGAGUUCCAUGAGUUGAGUCACGGUCUUCUUCUCUGGCUGGAAAACAUUGACCGGCGGAGGAAUGAGAUCAUCCCAUUUGCAUCAGGGCUCGAUCGACAUACACUACGAGCUCAUCACAGAGCCCUAAAGCAAAUCCAGCGUGAGCUGACGGAGACAGAGCAGAAAGUGGAUGGUCUGCAGGAGCUCUCAGGUCAGCUGCUGGUACAGGCUCAUGGCAGCGAGUGUCUGGAGGCCCAGGAGAGAGUGCACGUCAUCGCUAACCGCCUGCGUCUGCUCCUGAAGGCUGUAGAAACAGAUCUGGAGACGCUGGAAAAAGAGCUCCAGGCCUCAGGGAACAGACAGGAUGCGUCCCUCUGGUCCGUAAAGGAUGAGACAGAAACUUCUGGAUCGGUCAGUCCUGUUUCAGAGGUCAGCGUUUCCACUAAACGACAAUCGCUACGAGGCAAAUGUAGUGUGUCAGAUCCAGGAUCCUCAUCCAGGCUUCGCCGUCACAGGUUGGCCAGAGGUUCUGGCUGCGCUUCGUCUCGCUCUGGUUCCUCCGGGUCACAAGGUGGCGCUGCUGUGGUUCGCUGCCAGCCCUUCCUGCUGCGAGUGCUCCGGGCGGCUCUGCCACUGCAGCUCCUCCUGCUGCUCAUAGUGGGUCUGACCUGUCUGGUUCCCAUGACUGAGCAAGACUACAGCUGUACCCUCGCAAACAACUUCGCUCGCUCUUUUCAUCCCAUGCUGCGCUACACCAAUGGCCCACCUCCUGUAUGAGACUUUACCGACUGAUGCUUUCAUACGUCCCGUAAUAUACUGCAGGACACAGAAUGUGUUUCUGUCCACAUGUCCAGGAACACGUGUUCCUGUUCCUGUACAGUUACUGCUGCUAAUUUCAUUUUUCACUAAAUGCGUACUAUUGAACCCAUUGCAAUGUAGACUAGUGUUGGACAGUCGAUCUGGUAAAGCUCUUCUGUACAAAGAAAUGGAAGAGAAAUAAAUCCUAUAUUAUGUAUUUAAUAGCACUGACAUACGCAUAAGGUACUGCACUUAUACCGUCCAAAAAAUGGCCAAAAUUAUUUGCUUAGACUAAGAAAAGUGUUUAUUUUUUAUUUUUUUAUUAUUUAAAAUUGUAGAAAAAAUAUUUUCAUUAUUAUUAUUAUUAUUAUUAUUAUUAUUUAAAUAAGAUUUUUGCAUGGCAAUUCAAAUGUUAUUUUUGUUUUAUGGCAUGGAGUUCACUUUUUUUUAAAUCCCAAAAUGUAAAACAGUCACUGAUGUAGCUCCAUGAGAGACGCGUGCUUUUAUUACUGAUAUCUAAUUAUUGUAUCCUAAUUUGUGUGUUAUGACAAUGACAAUGUGACAAAAACAUUAAUUAUGAUUACAGCGUUUAUGCCUAUUUAUGUAUGUACAGUUUGCUAAUGCUGAUAAUAAAGACACAUCUUUUCAUUUAA